UUCAUUUUCUACUUUGUUUUUCUCCAAAUCUCUCAACACUCAAACAUAUUGUUUCCCACUUAUGUAUCUUCCAAAGUGACGUCGUAGCUCUUCUGCCACCAUUGGUCCAUCCACCGCCACAACGCCCUCUGUCGCCGGCGGCGAAGCUUUCUCCCUCUCUGAAACACGCCGGCAACCGCCAUUGUCUUAUUCAUGAUUCGGAUAUUGGGGAUUUCGUGAUUCAAAUGGCGUGGAGGGUUUUGACUUCAGCACUUGUGAAUAAAUUUCACUUCCCCCAGAAUAACAAUAAUACUACUCUCACCUCCUUAUUGCUUCACUUGAACUAUGAACAUGUAUUUGGCCGCCACCAUCACCAUGAGUUGAAGGUUCCUUCUACAGUAACAGGAGUAGGGUUUCAUUCAAGUCCAUUUUUAAAGUUUAAUGAUAAGCUUGUAGAGGAGCCACUUCAGGAGAAUUCCCCGAGGAAAAAAUUGAAGGGGAAACGAGCUGUUGUGAGGUGGCUUAAGUUCUUUAGAUAUAAGAAGAAGAAAGAGAUUCAAAGGAUGACAACGGAGGAAACUAUUUUAUACAAGUUAUUAAAGGCUCGUAAAAAAGAAGAGAGACUUUGCGAAGCUCUGAAGAAGAUUGAGCCAACGGAAUCAUCAGAAAUAACUCAUGAUCCUGAGAUAUUGACACCAGAAGAGCACUUUUUCUUCUUAAAAAUGGGACUGAAAAGCAAAAAUUAUGUGCCAGUUGGAAGAAGAGGAAUUUACCAAGGUGUAAUUUUGAACAUGCAUCUACAUUGGAAAAAACAUCAAACUUUGCAAGUGGUGGUGAAGACAUUUCCACCAGACGAGGUUAGGGAGAUUGCGACUGAGCUGGCAAGAUUGACCGGAGGUAUAGUGCUUGACAUUCAUGAAGAAGACACAAUAAUAAUGUACAGAGGGAAAAAUUACUCUCAACCACCAACAGAGAUAAUGUCUCCACGAAUCACUCUCCCAAGAAAGAAGGCAUUGGAUAAAUCAAAGUAUAGGGAUGGCCUCCGCGCUGUGAGGAGAUAUAUUCCCAAACUUGAGCAACAGCUCGAAAUUCUUCGAGCACAACUUCAAAGCACAGCUGAAAGUAACACAGAAGCAACUGAGGGAAUCCAAAUAAGUGACAAAGUGAGUGAUGAACCGAGUAGUAUUUCAAAUUUCCAACUAGAUAAAUCAGACAAACUUCGCGCGAUGAUAAAUGAUAACAAAGGUUGCUCAGAGGAUGAGGCAGAUAUAGACUUUGAUUUGGAUUCAUAUUCUGAAAAAUUAUCAGACAUCUUUGAGACAGAUUCAGAUACAGAGAAUUCGGUAAAUGAAGAGAAACCUCUUUAUUUGAACGAAUUUAAUAAAUUUCCGGAUCAAAGUGAUGGAGACACAGAUGAUUUUGAGGAGCAUCUGCAACAAAUAUCUUUCAACUCCAAACACAUGGAAAAAGAUACCGACUUACCCAAGUUUGAUGAAGUCGAUCAUAUUUUUCUGCGUGCUGCAUCAUUUUUAAAGAAAAAGAGAAAGUGAGACGCAUCAUUGUACUAAAUGUAAUUUUUUUUGUCGGAGGUGGUAUUAUAGUAGAGAUUUUUGGAGGAGAGGAAAGCAUAAUUUCAUUUUAUCAAGUAUAAACCAUUAAAACUAUCAACUUUUUUCUUCCUGACAAAUACUAUGAAUGAAUGAGUUAUGGUGCAAGAUGAGUGUUCAAUUGUAGAAAUAAUAUCCAGAAGAGUUGUUUGAUUGUAAA